AUGACCGUCAACACCUAUUUCCCGGAUGCUAAACUCCAACAGGCCGAAAAGGCACAAUACAUCCAAGCGCUUCGAUCUCACCAGUUCAAUACCAUCGUUGAACUCGUCCGUGUCGAGCAGGCUUUUGCAAAGCUCGGUACACCGGACUGCAGUGAGCCGAUGACGGCGGCUUGGAAGUACUACGUCGAGUCGCAUGGCCUGUUGACCGAACUUCGUGGAUUGACUAGGAACUAUCCUUUCAGGUAA